AUGACUGUCAACUUAGAGGAAUACUUUCGCACUACCUUCGAAGAUAAACUGCUGGUUAAAAUGCCUGAGCGCGAAGAUGACCAUCUUACACCAGCAACAAGACUAUUGGAGAAAAGAAGGGAAAUGUCUGAGGUUGAGCAGGCUCUGGCUGCUCAGAAAGAGGAAUUUCAAAUGAAAAUGGAAAGUUUACAACAGCGAAGAGAGGAAUUAGAGCGGAAGGAAUACCAACUGAAAGAAUCGCUUCUAAAAUUUGACAAAUUCUUAAAGGAGAAUGAUUCUAAACGAACUAGAGCACUUAAAAAAGCACAUGAAGAAAGAGAUUUAAUUAAGAGUAAGGAUAAAGAUAUUAUAAAAUUGAUAGAUGAAACUCAAACCAUGAUCAAACAGAGAGACAAAAUGCAAAAGAAAUUACUGAAAUAUAUCCUUUACUUAUUUUUAUCUUUAGUAUUAACUUAUCAAGCUUAUUUAGAAAAAGUUUUAGAGAAGACGGAAGAGUAUAGUGAAAUUCGAGAAAUUACCGCCAGAUUCGAUACCUUGGUAGCGACUUAUGAUGACUUAAUUGAACGAGAAAGAAAGAAUCAAGAAUCAACAGAGGUAGAAAAGGGUCGGCUUUUAAAGUAUAAAGAGGAGAAAAAUAAUGAAGUUAUGUAUUACAAUAAUAAGCUUGCGAAUCUGCAGACACAGUUAGAAAAAACUCAAAGUGAAGCGGCAAAGUGGGCAACUCACAAUUUGUAUACCUUGGUCAACAAACACUUAAAGCAGACACCUUUACCUCUUGAUCAAACAGUUCUACAAUUAGACAAGAUUCAACUGUUCAUAAUGGACUUGACGCAAAUUACUCAAGAUAUUAAACGCUCGGAACAGUUAGCGGCAUCUAUUGCCGCUAAACAACAGCAGCAACAAUUACAAAUGCUAUUAGAUAAACAAGCAUAG